CAGAUGACUGGUCAUUAAUGGAAAAAUGUAUAAUUAUACUGACUGUAUGACCAACAAAAAACUUCUUCAGCAUGUCUUGGUUGAAAAAGAAGACAUUUCGUAUUGUGACAAACGGCUGAUAAGCAGGAUACGUAAGAAAGUGUUGAAAUACAGUAAAUGCAGAGUAUAGUCGUUUUGCGACAUUCAAUUUUGAAAAUAAAUAUUUUGUGAUAAGUAAAUCAUCACACUUGUGUUUUAAAAAAAUUCGUGACAAUGGCUAGCAAGGAAAGUCUUCAAAAUUCUUUAGAACGAUACGAAGAAGCACUGUCGAACAAGUCUAACAAACUUUCUGAUUUGGAUGAUUGGUAUCGAAACGAACUACAGUCCACAGUACAAUCUAGAAAAUCCAGUAAGGACGGAGCUUACCUAACAACUACAGAAUUGGUAAAACUAAUGAAAUGGAAACUAACUCGGGGUAAGUUUCGUCCUCGUCUUGAACAGCUUGCCGGCAGCAAUUCAAAUGACAUGGUCAAAAAUACAACAAAGGAAGCAUUCGCAUUGCUCAGCAAAUCGACCAGCAUUGACAGUGCGAAGCAGAGUUUACUCAAAUUAAAUUGUUUGAAGGGGAUCGGUCCUGCAACAUCUUCAGCUAUACUUGCGCUGUUCAGUCCAGACUCAUUACCAUUUAUGUCGGAUGAAGCAUUAAAAUUUGCAGCUGGUCUAAGCGAAAAGCCGAAGUACACGGUCAAAGAAUGGGAAUGGUUUGUGACCGAAAUGAGAAAACGAAUGAAAAAGGAAGAUUGGAGUGGUACGGAUGAAUUGGAGAAAGCUGCAUGGUCAUUCGCUGUGUUAAAGCCAUCUAUCAAUGAUGCGGGUGAAAAGAAUACGAAACGAGCUGCUGUUGAGGCAGAACUCUCUUCAUCGGCUAAGCGAAUCAAGAGAAAAUGACGAAAAAUUAUAAUCUGUUGUUAUUUGGAAAGCAUUUACAUUUUACUUAUACUUAAUUUGUCAAAAUAUGAUUUGUUUUAGAAGAAAAUUGUAUAAAGAACGUCUCUGUUUU